AUGAUUUAUCAGACGUUAGCUCCUGUAACUAUCUUCAGUUCUGUUUUAGUUUCAGGGCCUCAACAAUGGUGGCCACCAUAUGGAAAAUUUAAGGUGAAAUGUCCAUAUAAGAAAAACGGUUUCAACUGGUUCAGAGGAACGAUGAACCCCUGCAUUGGUAUAUAUCAACCGAUCUGUGGCACUGACAUGGUAACUUAUGACAACCCCUGCAUCUUGUGCAUUGAGAGCUUGAAAACUAAUGGGAGAGUUAGGUUUCAAUAUGAUGGACCAUGCUAG